CGCAAAUCGUUCAAAGCGUACGGUCCGCCCGGAAGAGAACUUUCUAUACUUCAUUGGCGGUAUUUGACUUUUGCGACUGCAGAAGCUAUCGAUUGGCAAAAGUUUUCAGCAGAGCUGUGCCCAUAUCCGCCAGAAUUAGUUCCGUUCUUUAAAAAAUUGUAUAACAAAUUUGUAAAGGGACACAUUCUCACAGUCAAUCCAUGGCCAAUUGGAUACGCUCCUUGUGUGUUUUGGUAUAUAUUUCAAGGAAAUGACAAAGGCACAUGCAAAAAUGGUCAAUCGUACUAUAUUCAUGCCAAUUAUACCCUCUGGCGAGAAACUGACGUUAUAUUCGUCGAUUAUCCCUUCUACUUCAAAGAAGAAGAAGCGCCAUUCUUUGAUAUUAUCCAAAUGCCACCCAGACGUUCAAACCAGACAUGGUGGAUGUAUUUCCCAGAUGAAGGAUUGGGAUAUUAUCCGUUUGUUGGACUAGACACUUUCUGGAGUAUGUUUGAUCUGACGAUGGGUUCGCCCGAUGCUAUAUUUGACAUAUUUAAGCCGACAUAUCCAGUUAACAAUAUCGACAUAUUUUAUGAUACUCGUGUGAAAUUCGAAAAUAAACGCAAUGACGUAUUAUUCGUGUGGAUGGCUGGGAACUGUUAUGCAAACAAUAAGCGUGAGAAUUAUGUCCGGGAACUAAUGAACCAUACAAAAGUACAUUCAUAUGGUAACUGUCUGCACAAUCAAGAUGCUUCCGAUGAGAUAUUGAAGAAAUACGGACUGGAAAAAGGACAAGCUCCAGGUUAUUGGAAAGAGCAUAUGUAUGAUAUUAAGAAAGACAUAUGCUCUUCAUAUAAGUUUGUUCUUGCCUUUGAAAACUCUAAUUGUGAAGGAUAUGUGACGGAGAAAGUGUACAAUGCACUGUUGGCGGACGCUAUUCCUAUAUACAUGGGAGCGUCUGAUAUCGAUGAUUAUGCCCCGCCUGGAAGUAUGAUUAAAGUAACGGAUUAUGAGAGUAUAAGUGCAUUAGUAGAACAUACCGAAAUGAUAGCCAAUAAUAAGACACUGUACGAAAGUUACUUUGCGUGGAAAAAAGACAAGACACAUAAGAACUUUUGCAAAAAGUGUCGUCCUCUUGACGACUCGGAGAUAUGUACAUUUUUAGAGAGAGUUGAAUGGCGCAAAUCGUUCAAAGCGUACGGUCCGCCCGGAAGAGAACUUUCUAUACUUCAUUGGCGGUAUUUGACUUUUGCGAUUGCACAGGCUAUCGAUUGGCAUACAAUAUCACAGGAAUUGUGCCCCUAUCCGCCAGAAUUAGUUCCAUUUUUUAAAAUAUUGUAUAGCAAAUUCGCAGCGAGUUACAGUCCCAAAGUCUACGAAUGGCCAGUUGGAUAUGCUCCGUGUUUACUUUGGUAUUAUCAACAAGGGGACCAAAGAGCCAUCUGCAAAAAUGGUCAAUCGUACCAUAUUCAUGCCAAUUAUACCCUCUGGCGAGAGGCAGACGUUAUUUACAUGGAUUAUCCAUUUCUCUUCCAUCAAGAAGAAGCACCAUUCUUCCAUACUACUCAAAUGCCACCCAGACGUUCAAAGCAGACAUGGUGGAUGUAUUUCCCUGAUGAAGGAUUGGGAUAUUAUUCGUUUGUUGGACUAGACACUUUGAGAAAUAUGUUUGAUCUGACGAUGGGUUCGCCCGGCAAUAUCUUUGACAUAUUUAAGCCGACACAUCCAGUUAACAAUAUCGACAUAUUUUAUGAUACUCAUGUGAAAUUCGAAAAUAAACGCAAUGAUGUAUUAUUCGUGUGGAUGGCUGGGAACUGCUAUGCAAAAAAUAAGCGCGAGAAUUAUAUCCGGGAACUAAUGAACCAUACAAAAGUACAUUCAUAUGGUGACUGUCUGCACAAUCAAGAUGCUUCCGAUGAAAUACUGAAAAAAUACGGACUGAAAAAGGGACAACAAGCUCCAGGUUAUUGGCAAGGGUAUAUGUUUGAUAUUAAGAAAGACAUAUGCUCUUCAUAUAAGUUUGUUCUUGCCUUUGAAAACUCUAAUUGUGAAGGAUAUGUGACGGAGAAAGUGUACAAUGCACUGUUGGCGGACGCUAUUCCUAUAUACAUGGGAGCGUCUGAUAUCGAUGAUUACGUUCCGCCAGGGAGUGUGAUUAAAGUAACGGAUUAUGAGAGUAUAAGUGCAUUAGUAGAACAUACUGAAAUGAUAGCCAAUAAUAAGACACUAUACGAAAGUUACUUUGCGUGGAAAAAAGACAAAACACAUGAUAACUUUUGCAAAAAGUGUCGUCCUCUUGACGAUUCGGAUAUAUGUACAUUUUUAGAGAGAGUUGAAUGGUAUUCGCGGCUUUGGUGCGAUUCUAAUGAAUACUGA